AGGCGCCGGGUGACAUCGACCCCUCACAACCUGUCCACAUUCACCUAAUGUAUAGGUAAUUAUUGGAUAGCUCCUAUUCGGGAGUCUGACGUCGGCUACGAGUACUUUACCUACCUGUUGCUACUUGUGUUCAUAAGUUAUAAGACCCAGUGCUUUGGGAUAUACCCAUUUGGUCCACACACCUCAUGGCCUCCCGUCUCUUCCCUCGACCAUCAUCACUGCUCAAUUCCGUUCGCCUCAGGUCCCCUGGCCCAUUUAUAGCUCAUCAUACCACCUUCAGGAUGUCAUCCUCCUCCGUCCCUUUAAAGUACGAAUGGCUCGUCGUCGUCCCCGACAAGCCCGGCGUCAAAGCCAAGCGCCUCGAAGUACGCCCCACGCAUUUCGCCGACCUUAAGCCCAAGUUUGAUGCUGGCAUCUACAAGAUGGGCGGCGCCCUCCUUGAUGAAGUCCCUGAGGACGAGAGUGACCCGUCCAGCUUCAAGUUCAGCGGAAGUACACUCGUAUGCAUAGCUGAGACGAGAGAAGAGGUCCUUGAACACCUGAAAAAUGACAUCUACACGAAGACCGGUGUCUGGGACCUUGAUAAUGUCCAAAUCUGGCCUUUCAAGUGCGCCUUCAGGGCUCCGUGAUCGAAAACGAUCACAGUGACCGCGUUCUGGUAAAAGCAGGGGGGCUGGGUUCCUGAGGGCUUUACCGCUGCCAUGCUAUAGUUCAUCUGUCUCUUAGAAGAGGUAAUUCAAGAGUCCCCCGCUCUUGCAUGUCCGGACACGAGCUUUUUCCACAUUUGCUGCUAGAGUCCCUUCAACCCCCGGACCCAGCAGAACUCCCGGGGUCCAUCCCCUUCCUCACGGCCGGGUUUGAAAGACCGUUUUGGCCGAGUUGGUCUUGUCACCGAAGAAUCCUGAGCACAGAGAAUGUAUAAAAAAAAUAAAAAUAAAAUAAAAAAGAAGAAAUGUCGCCCAGACAAAUCACCAUGGUUCCAUUUCGGCCUGCGAAUGCGAAUGCACCAGUGAGGGUCUCUUCCGACGACCAUUAUAAAAAAAAAAACGUACCCCCAAGAUUUGAUUAGCGGGCAAUUCGACGAAACCCUUGUCUAAACCCUCGCUCUUCAUCCUCA